AGCUUUGCAAGAUGAGGGCCAUCUUUUGUGGAAACUUGGAAUAUGAUGCGCGGCAAUCUGAGGUUGAGCGGCUUUUUAAAAAAUACGGAAGGGUGGAAAGGGUGGAUAUGAAGUCUGGAUUCUUUGGAUUAUCCAUAUGUUUCUUGGAUGGAUUGGAUUAUCUGCAUUUUCUUUCUGCAUUGUGCCCACGCACCAUCCUCCUAUGUUUUACUUGAAGAACCAAUCUGAUUCGCUUGGCAUGAACAUAAUUUCUGAGACACUCAUUGCCUUUUCAUUUAUCAUGCCUCUUGUCCAGUCUUCAAUUCCUGACAUGUAUCAACAAUAAAUCAUGAUGACUUCACAUUCAGUAGCAGGGUUUGCUUUUGUUUAUAUGGAAGAUGAGAAAGACGCUGAUGAUGCCAUUAGAAGACUUGACCGAGCCGAGUUUGGGAGGAAAGGGCGGCGUCUUCGGGUUGAGUGGACUAAGCAAGAACGUGACAGUCGAAGGCCGGGUGGUGGCGGUGCAAGAAAACCUGCAGCUAAUGACAAACCUUCUAAAACCCUGUUUGUCAUUAACUUUGACCCUAUCUAUACUAAGUCCAAGGAUUUGGAAAGGCACUUUGAUCAGCAUGGAAAAAUUGCCAACAUAAGGAUAAGGAGGAAUUUUGCAUUCAUUCAGUAUGAAACCCUGGAGGAUGCCACCAGAGCAUUGGAAGCUACAAACAUGAGCAAGCUUAUGGACAGGGUUAUAACUGUGGAGUAUGCCAUUCGAGAUGAUGAUAGAAGUAAUGGUCACAGUCCCGAUAGAAGGGGCAGGGACUUGUCUCCUGAUAGAGGAAGUUACCGUAGAAGAUCUCCAAGUCCAUAUCGCAGGGAGAGGGGUAGUCCAGACUAUGGAUAUCGCAGGGACAGAGGCAGCCCUGACUAUGGCAAUGGUGGCAGAUCUGGAGCUAGAGGCAGUCCUGAAUACAGCCGAGAUGAGAGCCCUGCUAAUGGGAGAUACCACAGUCGCUCUAGACCUGAUGCUCGGGGAUCUCCUGUUGGAAGCCCUGCUAAUGAAAGAUACCACAGCCGGUCUAGACCUGAAGCUAGGGGAACUCCUGAAUAUGCUAAAGAUGAAAGCCCUGCUAAUGAAAGAUACCACAGCCGCUCUAGACCUGAAACUCAGGGAAGUCCUGAUUAUGUAAAAGACGAAGGCCCCGCCAAUGGAGGAAGAUAUCACAGUCGGUCACCUCCACCACGAGAGAGGUCACCUCCGCUAAGAGAAAGGUCACCUCCACCACGCGAAAGGUCGAGAUCCUAAGCAAGGAGAUGGUAUUAAGUCAGUAUUUUACCGGGCUGUUUCUUGAGAGAGGUUGAGAUGGUAAGCGAGGAGAUGGUCUUGUGUUGUUAAUUUGGCAGUGCGGUUUCUAGAGAAGAGCUGUAAUUUCUUAUUUGUGAAAAGGCUUGUAUCAACAAUUUUAGGAUUGAAUUUGAUUUGUGUUAGUGGCUUAUUGUAUUUGAUAUUGCUUCCAAAGAAGGUUCAUUUUUGCCUUGUUGUUUCAAACCCUUCAUAUGAUCCUGUUUCGCUGGUAUAUUUAGGCUACAUACUCGAGCUUGAAUUUAAAUCAAAAUCAUUUGUAAGAUUUUGGAUUAUGUUUAUUUUUCAGUAGUUUACUGUAUGUA